AUGAUGCUCACCCGCUCCAGCCCUCUUGUCUUCCUUGCUCUCGCUGUUCCUCUGGCCCUCACGACCGCCGCGCUCCCUCAGAACGGCGCAGACGAGUAUCCCUGCAUCGCCCUAUGCGAGACGCAGGCUGCGGCGAACGCCGGAUGCCUCAGCUACGAGGACCUGCCCUGCGUGUGCACGUCUAACGCGUACUGGUCCAACGCGCAGUCCUGCAUGCAGACCAGCUGCUCGUCUCAGGCGCUGCAGCUCGCGCAAACUCUGCAACAAGACCAGUGCACAUACAUAAACUACGUCCCCGGCGGGUCCUCUGCGGUCUCGAGCGACGCCUCCGUCGUUCGUUCCGCCGCAAGCUCGGUGUUCUCGAGCCAGUCCUCCGCAAUCUCCUCCGUAGUCGCAAGCCAGUCUGCAUACUACUCCUCUGUCUCGUCUGCGCUGGCUGCCGCGGCGUCGUCGCUGUCCAGCUCGCUCUCCGUCGGCGCGGCUUCGGCUGCGGGGAUACACCAGAGCACGACCACUUCAACCUCGACGUCAACCUCGGCGGGGGCGACGAAGACUGAGGCAGGAGCGAGCGGUGGGAACUCGAGUGCCGGAGUCGCCCUGAGGACGGAUGGGAUGGGCGCACUUGCCGGAGUGGUGGUGGCGGUGAUGGGGAUGGUUCUGGGGACUCGUCUUGUUCUGUGA